CACUGACUGUGCAAACUGACUGGGGAAACUGACGGUGGAAAGUCUAUUAUUUGUUUGAUCAGCAUUAACAAGCACCUUGGGGAAACCUCUUAUUUAUGGUUAUGCAUGUGGCAGUGCAAACACUGCAGUUUGGAACUAGCUAGCAGAUUAAAAGGUGUUCCAUAACGGCAGGUCGGGCGCUUCUGCGCAUCAUCUUUGCCGACCAGUCUGACUAGAAAACUGACCCUGGAUUCGGGAAUCCCAGCAACAGUUGAAGAACUGCACACAUUUGUCAAGACAUCUCUUCAAUUGAAAGAGGACUUCCGUCUGCAAUACAUGGAUGUUGACUUUAACGAGUUCAUGAAUCUUACAUCAGUGUCUGAAAUUCAGGAUAAAAGCACACUGAAAGUAAUUUACUCUCCUAUAUUGUCAAAUAUUGAGCCCUCCAUCACUUAGUACACAGUUGACUCAUUUGAUAAGACCUCAAUUACUGGAAGCUCAGAGUCUCUAAUCCCUGCAUCAUCAAUAGCCUCAUGCUGCAGUGAUGAUAUGGUGUAUACGUCAACCCCGCAUCCAUCCCCUGAAGCUCAGGCCUCACAAUUGUUAUCCUGGCCCACAGUUUUUGUGGUUCCUAAGCUCACCUACGAGGCUGAAUUUGAGCUUCAUCUACAGAAUGCAGAGUUUGAGACAACUGGUACAUACUUCCAGCCUGGCCUAAAGCUGAAAGGAGUCAUUCUUGAUGGCCUAGCCCAAGAAAUGAUCAAAUUCACAAAAUAUCCAAAAGACUAUCAGUGUGAAGAGGUAGCUGCAGCGUUGACGAGGGCCCACCCUUGUUUGGGGCAGCUAGGAUCCAAGAUAGGAUUUGGGGGGUGGAAACAGUCUCUUAAGUACAAAAUGCAAAACUAUCGUACAAAGCUUGGCCGUCUUGGACAUCCUGAAAUCCUUGUGAACUCCUUAAAGCACAAGAAAACAGGCCAAGGCAAAGCUGCAGCAAACAUAAAAAAAACAAGAAAAGCUGAAAUAAACUACAUUCCUCUGCACCCAGAAGGCGAAACCACAGAAAGCUUGGAGAACGAGAGAAUUGCCUUAUUGUCAGAACUGAAAAAGCGUGACAAUGAAGUGGUGAUAAAAGCAAAAAUGGAAAAAACCUUCUCUCACAGACGCCUUGAGAUUGUGGAGCAAAGGCCUUUGAUAGGGGACUUCAAAUGCAGAUGGCCUGCUCUGUUUCAGCAGAGUGAAGUGAAUGCGGAGUUUUUGAGGAUCACAACAUCACCACUUCAAUCAAAGUUCAUGUGGCAGCUGGACCACUUCUCAGACAAGCUCUUGAAGAUCUUCAAGAUCAAAGGAGGACUAAAGGGCCACAAAAUCAAGGAAGCCCUUGCAAUAUCAGAUUUGUUUGAAAACAUCCACAUCAAGAGGGGGUGCAUCCUGCGAAGCAUCGCGAUCUACCUCAACGAGGAUCCAGACUCUUUUUUAAGGAGUAUCAGUUCUGUGUUGGAGGUCCUAACCUUCUCUGGUAUCACUCGGACAUUUUUGUCCAAAUUGGCCACUGCCUCUGAAGAUGCCAAGAGGGACAUGGCAAACACAGUCAUGGGCAUAUACACACUUCAAAGAGAUGUGGAUGGGCAGCAAGAGGACGUGGGAAUUGUCAUCGAAGGCAAUAUAGUCAUGGACAACUUGGGCAGCGUGAUUGUGGGGUUUGUCAUGCUAUUGGGACUUAUUUAUGCCCUGGAUUUGAGCUUUCCGGACAACCUCAAACACACCUUCGAGUUCAUGCAGAAGGUAGUGAUGAAUCUGGAUGGGCACAAGCUGAAUGGUAAAAUCGAAAGUCUGAAGAUCAAGUUGUUCGAUUGA